UUACGAUGGCAGUAAAAGCUGAAUGAUAAGACUUUUUAAUCAGUACGGUGGACUUUCUUUACCAAAAUUCAUACAAUUGUUGAUUGGUUUCGAACGUUUCAAUAUCGUUUGUUUGAUUUCUUUUAUGUUCUUCAAUUUAUGUGAAAUAUUUAAAUGGUGAAAUAGCAACAAUUGGUCAAUAAAUUUCUGUUGAGCACCGAUAAUAUUUUUGGCACAAAUUGUGUCGCACAACGAUACAGACGAGACUUAAAACGAAAUAUAUGUAUUGUAUAUAUAAAUAUUUUCAUUUGUCUGCUGCAUUUAUUAAACUAAUAGUAGUGCAACAUCAUCUUACCUUCGAUGAGAAAAAGAGAGAAACAAAAGUAAUGAUCGCCAUUAAAUGAGAUUUGCACGCAACUCUACUGAAGUGUAUCAUCGAAGUGUUUUGCGAACACAGAUAUUACAUUAUGGAAUGUGGCUGUUUUUUAAAUUGCAACAAUCAUUCCGGGUAAUCUAUUGUGGCCAAUUUCUUAGAUGGUAUUCAAUGUACCACGUGCAUAACAAAAUCGAUUUAGAGUUAUUGCAUAGAAUUAAUUGAGAGUCUCCGCCAACAUCGAAACCGAAAAAAAUUGAAGAAAAUAUCUAUCUCUGCAGAAUAGUUUGUUAUUCAUAUCUCGAAGUUGUAUGAAACAUGGAACAAGAAUGCCAUAGCAAAAGUACAAUGUUGCAUACGAUUAAUGAUACCGAAGAGAAUAACCGGAUUGAUGGUAAUACAAAUGAAAAUUUAUCGAUGCAAUUCAUAUCAAUGGUGCAAUAUCGUAAGCAACCAAUUUUGAUUGGUUCACCGUUAGACAGCAUGUUUGGCGAAAGUGAUCGUACAUCGUCUAAAAUGAUGCGAUUGAGCUCGUGUUAUAAGUCAAAGAUCUCUGGUAAUGGACGACGAAUUGCCGAUACAUCGCUACGAAUGCGACCGUAUUUCAUCCCAGAACGUUCACGUACCAAAAGCGAAAAUAACAUUGAACCAGACUCUUAUAAUGGCAUGAAUUACUUAUGCUCAAACAUAAACGCCGCAACAAAUUUUUAUUCCGAUUCAAUGAAUUCAAAUAGUAAUUCAAUGAUGGAAACCUGUGAUGCAUAUUUGAGUUCGGAUUGCGGUGGUUCAAAUAGUUCGCAUACAGUUUAUAAUAAUGGUUUCACAACGUUCAAUUGCAAUCAAGUACUGCCAAAUACACACUUUUUAAAUAGUAACCAGUACUUUAGGCCCAUUAAAUGUGCAUCGUUGACAAAUCAAUUGAAAAAAUGUAAAUCAUUAGAGAGUGUUCGUGUUGAGAACAUUGUUGAUGGUUCUCAGCCAUCACAUGAAAUGGAAUUUGUAUCGACUCGCAUCCAAAAAUUGAAGGUGCAAGAAUAAAUCACAUUGAGAUUUAAAAGAGCAUGUGUUAGAUACACAUACACAUAUGGAUGGCACAACGGCACAAAAAAAAAA